AUGACGUGCUGUGGGUGAGGGGCAGCAGGAAUCGUGGGGCGCGGGGGUUUCCGAAUGCGGCAAGGGGAGCUUGGAGACCAGUAGCGAGGCCAAAUAAAUUAGCAUGGACAAAGCCCUCCUGUAUAUUUCGGGGGAUUCCUAGUGCUUAACAGCCCUCUCUACCCCCACCCCUCCACUAAUAAUGAUUAAACCCGUUCCACCGCGCCUGUGCAGGGUCCCGGGCAGCGCGAGCCUGCGCGGGGGGAGGGGAGAAGAGGGCAAGGGGAGGGGACAAGAGAGCUAGCGGUCCCGCCCGGUGAUGUAGGCAGCCCGGGGAGGUGGAGCCGCGACGCCUGAAGGAGUCCCCACCGCAGCCGCGCUCUCGGUCUGCCCCACCAAGCAGCCGCCAGCGGCUCCGGCGACCCAAAUUGCGGCGGCAGGGACCGCGAAAAUCCCACCGUUUGGGCUUGGGGGGCGUCCAGCCCACCUCACCCCCAGCCCCAGCCCCUCCUCGCUUCCCAGACGGCUGGAGACACUCCCGGGAAAAGCUGUUCUCAGCCACUCGGCCGCCGUCCGGCACCUCGGCUGCUGGCCCGGCUGGGCACCGGGCAUCUGCGAAGCUAGCCCUGCCUGGCACUGGGCAUCUCCAGGCAAAGACUGUCCCCGGCGCUGCCCGUCUUCUCGCGACUCCAGGGCGGUGGACUUCUGCGCGCCUUCCCUCCCCCGGUCUCCCGACAGGACGCUGGUGAGCUCCCUGCGCCCCCAGCCCCUUUCGCCGCCGCCGCGAUGCUGCCCUGGAGACGUAACAAAUUUGUGCUGGUGGAGGACGAGGCCAAAUGCAAGGCGAAGAGCCUGAGUCCGGGGCUCGCCUACACGUCGCUGCUCUCCAGCUUCCUGCGCUCCUGCCCGGACCUGCUGCCCGACUGGCCGCUGGAGCGCCUGGGCCGUGUGUUCCGCAGCCGGCGCCAGAAAGUGGAGCUCAACAAGGAGGACCCGACCUACACCGUGUGGUACCUGGGCAACGCCGUCACUCUGCACGCCAAGGGCGACGGCUGCACCGACGACGCCGUGGGCAAGAUCUGGGCUCGCUGCGGGCCUGGCGGGGGCACUAAGAUGAAGCUGACGCUGGGGCCGCACGGCAUCCGCAUGCAGCCGUGCGAGCGCAGCGCCGCCGGGGGUUCGGGGGGCCGCAGGCCGGCGCACGCCUACCUGCUGCCGCGCAUCACCUACUGCACGGCGGACGGGCGCCACCCGCGCGUCUUCGCCUGGGUCUACCGCCACCAGGCGCGCCACAAGGCCGUGGUGCUGCGCUGCCACGCUGUGCUGCUGGCGCGGGCGCACAAGGCGCGCGCCCUGGCCCGCCUGCUCCGCCAGACCGCGCUGGCGGCCUUUAGCGACUUCAAGCGCCUGCAGCGCCAGAGCGACGCGCGCCACGUGCGCCAGCAGCAUCUCCGCGCUGGGGGCGCCGCCGCCUCGGUGCCCCGCGCCCCGCUGCGCCGCCUGCUCAAUGCCAAGUGCGCCUACCGGCCGCCGCCAAGCGAGCGCAGCCGCGGGGCGCCGCGCCUCAGCAGCAUCCAGGAGGAGGAUGAGGAGGAGGAGGACGACGCGGAGGAGCAAGAGGGAGGAGCCCCCCAGCGCGAGCGGCCAGAGGUGCUCAGCCUGGCCCGGGAGCUGAGGACGUGCAGCCUGCGGGGCGCCCCGGCGCCCCCGCCGCCCGCGCAGCCCCGCCGCUGGAAGGCCGGCCCCAGGGAGCGGGCGGGCCAGGCGCGCUGAGAGCCGAAGGACAGGACUCGCAGCCCCAGGCCCGGCCCGCCAGACUCACAGCCUCCAACCCCGGCCUUGCCCGCUUCGGCUGCCCCGGCCCCCGGCCCGUGUCUCCCCCGUGGUCUCCGUGUUGUCCGCCCCGCCGCCUCAUUUUGGCUCAGGGUGAUGCCUGAUACGCCCUUGGUUAUUGGGGGGUGUUCCUCUCGCCCCACACCCGGAGUUUCCCGGGCCUGCCAUUGUGGACCCGCCCCCUAUGCUUUACACCUCGUCUCUUUGCCCACAGACCUCCUCAUUCCCUCCUAAAACAUCCCCUCAAGAGAAGGGAGGAGAAGUUUCCAGAAAUCAGGAGGGUGGGUUUGGACCCUGGGCAGGGUGGAGGCAGUGACCUUGCCCUUGGUCCCUCUAGUCUUCUUCCCUGUGCAAAAAAAAAUGACCCUGGAGAGGCAUUCUUGUAGGGGAAGAAUCUAGCGGCCGGGGAGAAUUGGGGCCGGGCCGGCGGUGGGCAGAGUCCGCUGCCAUACACACAGGGAGGAAUUCGCAGGCCCAAGCCCCGCCUCUCUACGCCUUGGAGGACUCCUGUGACUUCACUGCUCUGCCUCUGGACGUUCAAACAACAGGUUAGGCCAGGUAACAGCCCUGCACCAGGCCGCUGCCCAUGCCUCUGCCCUGGCACCCCCACGGGAUUCCUUGCCCGUCCCAUCUCUCUGCAGACGGAUGUAUGUGGCCCCCUUCUAGGUGCCCCACAACCAGGACCAAGGUGGGGCUUCCAAAGGAGGUAAGGAGAACUUUUGGCAGGUGCUUGGGACACUGACUACCUAGAAAGUAGACACCCCAGAGAUGCUCCCAAGUCGAGGCUCCUCAGAGCAGGUGGGUCCUGACAGCAGUGGAUUCUCCCAGCAGGAUGAGGAAGGAGGGUGUGUUAACCAACCGAGGGAGUGGGCCCCCCACCCAGGUGUCUCCGCAAGACCACAAAAAGCCCAAAGAUCUAUGUGUCACUGAUCAUUGUAAAUAAAGUGGACCUGCUUUUACAGCCCUGUCACUA